CUGAUAGUGUGUGUGAAUCCUGCCUGCUACCAGUGUCCCGGAGCUCCUCCUGAUGGCUGCAGCGCAGCAGCGGUUCAAUGUGAAGAGGACAGUGAAGAGACUCAGCAUUCGAACUCAAACUGCUGCUACUGAACCCGGACGUUAAGACUCGCAUCAAUUCCGCCACCAGCAGAAUACAAGCUUCGUUUUAAAAUAUGAUUUGGCUUUCAUACGACUUUCUUCUCAAAAUCAUGACGACGGGUAGUGAAUGAAGAAUUCUGCAAUAAACACUCAACGUUAAAAACAAAUUAAAAAAAAACUUUUCCCAUCAAGUCGAGAAGAGACCAGCCAUGAAUUCAAAGAACUCGGGUGCUGAAGUUGUGGAGACGGGCCUGUGCUGCGAAGGGCAACAACUUUCUCCGGAUGCCCGGUUUCUCCGAAAGCACAGGUACCAGGCCAAGAGGAAGCUGAGGCUGUCGCGAGUUGUGGGCUUUUGCCUCGGUGUAAUGGCUCUCAGCACGUUCUCCAUCUUAUUCAGUGCCUUCGCCUGGACAUCAACCAACUCAGCAGAACCACAGGUCCAACGCAGAACUCUACUGGGUUUCGAGGAAAAGCAGAAAUUUUCCAAGGUUCAAAAUUAUACCCCCAGGUCUGAACUUGCUCUAAGGUACCAAGUGCCGGCAGCCCUGACCUCUGAGAAUAAUGCCACCAAUUCUGGAGAAUAUCCUAGAGAGAUCUUUUCACUGGAGGAACGAAGGAGAGGAGCUAUCAUUCUUCACGUCAUAGGCAUGAUUUACAUGUUCAUAGCCUUAGCCAUUGUGUGCGAUGAGUUUUUUGUACCGUCAUUGACAGUAAUCAUUGAUAAACUGAAAAUAUCGGAUGAUGUGGCGGGGGCAACUUUUAUGGCAGCUGGUGGCUCAGCCCCAGAACUCUUCACUUCUUUAAUAGGAGUUUUUAUAUCUCGCAGCAACGUUGGGAUUGGGACCAUAGUGGGUUCUGCAGUGUUCAACAUCCUGUUUGUAAUCGGGAUGUGUGCUAUAUUCUCCAAAGAAAUUCUGCACCUUACCUGGUGGCCACUGUUCAGAGAUGUGUCCUUUUAUAUUCUUGACCUGAUUUUGCUCAUAGUUUUCUUCCUGGAUAACGCCAUCUCUUGGUGGGAGAGUGUGAUUUUGUUGGCAGGCUAUGGAAGCUACGUGAUCUUCAUGAAGUUCAACAUUCAGAUUGAAAAGUGGAUGAAAAAGAAAUUAAACAGGAACAAAGUGGUAGAGGCGACUGCAACAGACGGUGACGAAAAGGCGGGUAAUCAUCGGGAUGCCAAUGCUGAUCAGAAGAAUCCCAACAUGCUCACGCCCAAGCCACGUCUGCAGCGAGGUGGGAGCUCGGCUUCACUCCACAACACCCUCAUGAGGAACAGCAUCUUUCAGCUAAUGAUCAACACUCUGGAUCCACUGGCUGAAGAACUUGGAGCAUAUGGAAAACUAAAAUAUUAUGACUCAAUGACUGAAGAAGGUAAAUUCCGUCAUAGAGCUUCAAUACUUCACAAAAUGGCCAAAAACAAAUGCAAUGUGGAUGAUGGUGAGAAACCCAAUAGCACUCCUAAUCACACAGACAAAGUAGAGCUGCCAAAUACAGCCAAUGUAGAAGUUGAAGUGACACCUCCAAAGGAUCCUCCCCCACCAGUGCAGAACGGAAGCCUACCCAAUGGAGCAGAGGUUGCAGUAAGCCAGGCUGAAGUUGCCACACAGAAUGAAGAUGAGGACCAGCCACUUAGUUUGGCCUGGCCAGAUACAACACAGAAAAAAAUUAUCUAUCUAAUUAUAUUGCCUAUUAUCCUCCCAUUGUGGAUAACCUUGCCUGAUGUAAGGAAGAAGAACUUGAAGAAAUAUUUUGUAAUGUCCUUCUUGGGAUCAAUCACCUGGAUUGCAGGUUUUUCCUACCUAAUGGUCUGGUGGGCUCACCAGGUUGGGGAGACUAUUGGGAUCACCGAAGAGAUUAUGGGAUUGACAAUCUUAGCAGCAGGCACUUCAAUUCCUGACCUAAUCACAAGUGUAAUUGUUGCACGGAAGGGACUUGGUGAUAUGGCAGUGUCCAGCUCAGUUGGAAGCAAUAUAUUUGACAUUACGGUUGGCUUGCCUCUGCCAUGGCUCCUGAAAGCCUUUGCCACCAACUUUGGCCCCGUCAAAGUCAGCAGUAAUGGCUUGUUCUGUGCUAUUGUUCUCCUCUUCGUCAUGCUCCUCUUCGUCAUCCUUUCAAUUGGAGCCUGCAGGUGGAAAAUGAACAAAGUUCUUGGUUUGAUAAUGUUUGUACUGUACAUUGUGUUUCUGAUUACCAGUGUUCUGUUGGAAGAGAAGAUCAUCAACUGCCCCGUUACAGUGUGAGCUUUGCAGCUGCACACGUUUUCUCACUUUGAGGUACAGAUGGGAAAAUGAGAACUCAUUCUGCUCGCUGCAGCUUCUUUUUUUUUUCCAGAUUGACUCAGCUGGCACAUGCAAUUUAAUGGUGAAUGAGAAAGUAAUACUAAACAAUAACAACUUUUUUUUUGCUUGAUUGGUUGACUUUCUAAUCUCAUUUCAAGCAAAUGAAUAAAGUUGGUGUUUGUGUUUUGGAGAGAUUUACACUUUCUGGGAUUCCACUGGAUUAUUCUGAUGUCUAAGGAAAGACCACUGCCCAAGUUGGUUAAAGACCCCUUAAGAAGAUUUAUUUCAAUGUCCUUUUUUGUUGCUAGAUGAUAUUCAGUGGCAGACUUUUUCUGCCAGAUUUUCGAUAUUGAAAUAAUAUCACAUUAUAUUUCAAAAUGACUAGUGUGAAGUAAUUUAUUUUUGAAAAGAAAAUGGUGCAUUAAACUGAUUUUGAGGGUAUGUUCUGGGUUUGGGGGUUAAUAACAUUUUUGGGUUCUUUUAGACAGUUAGCCAAACUUGCCUGUUCUUCAGGUACUGCAAAUCAAAUUAGUGCUGGAGUUGUAAUGUUUGGUACAGUUAAUUCUGUAAGUCUUAGACUGGUUUUUUUUUUGCACACCUAUUAAACCAUUACACAAUUUUAUGUUUUAAUUUUUAAUAUAUUUCUUCUGUAGCCUAGCACCACGAUUUUAAUCACUAGUACAAUUUAUGAAUAAAACAAUGAAGCUGCUAUAGAUUGAAUUUGCUUUCAAGUACCAGAAUCAGGUAUGAAUGGCAAGAUUAAGGUCAUAGAGCUAUUAAUCUAUUGUUAAAGUCAUAGCUAUUUAUCUAUUAUAUAUAACAUUAUCGCUUUGCUGCCUAGUACAAACCAAAAUCUAGUCGCUGACAUUCUGCCAUAUUGUGGAAUUAACACCUUAGGGCCUAUAGAUCAUUUCUGCACUUUACUUGGACAAUUACAGAUAGACAUUGUUGUAUGCUCUUUCUUAAGACCAUGAUAUAUUUUCAAAGAAAAUCUGAUGUGUAGUAAGUUAAAAUAGCCUUUCAUUGAGCUCUACUUGAAGAUAUUGUUAGCUUAAUUCCUGAAUGUAACGUUUUUUUUUAAAAAGUCUACAUUCCUCUACUUUUGAUUAGGUUGCAUUUGCACCCUCAGAACACAGAUGCAGUAAUGAAUUGAGUUGCUAAUCCAUUCAAAAAGAAUUCACUCUAUAACAUUUUUGCAUAGAUCUCCACAUUAAUUCUCCUCUCACUAUAUAAGCUUUGUGCAGUAUUUACAGGGAAAUUCUAACAAGGUGAAAGGUGUGGCAUGCCAGUCCACAUUGUGCACUCAUGACAUCACAUCCUAUAUAGGUCUUUACUCUUAAUGCUACUGUUACAAGCUUUAUGUAAUAUGGUCAAUAUACCAGAUUCAGUAAAUUGGGAAAUAUUAUAAAGGUGUGUUUUUUUAAUAAAUAUAUAUAAAUAUAUAUAAAUAUAUAUAUAUAAAUAAUAAACUAGGGCUUUUUAAUGUUAAUGUUCAGCAGAUAUUCAAAUAGUUAGGAUUCAAUGGGUUCAUUUACAGCUGUCAAUAAAAAUUAAUACAGCAAUAAUCUCACUUUGAUGGAUAUUAAAGUCCAUGCUUGGACUGAUGAUGGCCAUAAUGUAUGUAAUGAAAUGACAUAGGAUUAUUGUCAAUCUUGGGACAAUAUGUGCAAUGUGAUGUUUGUGUGAUGUUCUUGCAAGCAUUGUGUCUUUGAAGUGCAAAAGAAGGUGCGUGUAUUAAUCAAAAGCAUUUAUCAAGCUGAUGAUUGUUUUGACGUGAUGAAUGUAGGAGCUGAAACAUAAGAGACGUAACAAAUAUGCACUCACCUUUUCAUUGAUUAUAUUUGUUAAACUCUAACAUUUAGUCUUAAUACAAUAGCUUAUGAUACCUAUUUCAAACUGGAGUGACUGAUGCCCUCUUUGUCCUUACAAUGGCAUUAGCUGCCACCAUGACAAAAAGGGGACUGAAGUGAAAAUGAAGAUAGUUUAUUAUACCCUUAGACAGCUAUGGCACUGUUUUUCAAUAUCUUUGCUGUAAGAGAUGAUUUAAAAACCAAUUUCACAAGGUAAUCUCACUAGAAUCUAUUGUUGAGUAAAGCACUUCCAUCUUUUCACCUCAAGAUGCAAAGUGGGAUCAAAUUAGUGAUUCUUAUUUGAUAGAAAAAUGGGCGUAUAAUUAUCAGUUGUGAUUAGGACCUUUUUUGUGUUUUGGGCAUGAAUACCAAUUCUAUAAUUUAUGUCUAUAUUAUUUUAUGUCCUUGACCUUCUCCUAUGAUCUAUUUUACUUUAUUGGAUUCAUUUUUUGGUGUAGUACUGCAUAUACUAGUUUUCCAAAAUAUUCUGUAGCCUCUCAAUCUUAAUUUUCUUGCUGAAAAGACAACUCAGCACCACAACAGUGAUUAUACUCCCAGGCUGUGAAGUCCAGGUUACUCUUCCUGGUAGCUCCUCUUUGGUUGCCCUACAGUUGAAACAGCUUUUAAGUUCGUGCUGUACGAAAAUAAGGGCAGAAGUUCUUUAGGCUUGUUUUAGUCAUCAGGUGUGCAUCUCAACUAAGGGACACAAGGCCAAUAAAAAUUGAACCUCAGUCCUCUUAAGGAAGCAAACCUAUUUUAAGAAAUAAAAGAAUAUUAUUUACUUGCCUCAUCAGCAAUGGUAAGUUCCAAUUUUGGGGAUAGUAGGAAUGGGGAGAAUUUAAAUUAAAUUUUAAAUUUAAAUUUUAUUUUUAAAUAUUAAAUUUUAUUUACAGUGUGGUAACAGGUCCUUCCGGCCCAACGAGUCCGCACCGCCCAUUUUUUAAACCCAAGUUAACCUACCCAUACGUCUUUGGAAUGUGGGAGGAAACCGGAGCUCCCGGAGGAAACCCACGCAGACACGGGAAAAUGUACAAACUCCUUACAGACAGCGAUGGGAAUCGAACCCCGAUCGCUGGUGCUGUAAUAGCAUUGUGCUAACCGCUACGCUACCGUGCCGCUAUCUGGAAACUUUGUUGAAACUUUGUUUCCAGAUAGAUUUCAACUUCUCCUUCUAACCACUCACUUGUAUUUCCGAAUGUACUGCAUGAAAAUUAAAUGAUGACUUUUAACAAAACCAUUUCUACACAGAAUGACCUUUCUAGGUGAAGAAUAUGUGAUGCAAAUUUCAUCUAUCAAACUUUAAAUAUAUAGUGUCUGGAUUUAUUGUAAACUCCUUAUCUUUGUGCCAGGGCACCAGUGGGUACAGUCUGAGUUGUAAGAGAUCAGUUCCAAAUUCAGUAGGUAGAAUAACCUCAGAUCUCACCACUUCAAAAGAACUACAUUAGAAUUUGCAUCAUGCUUGGCUGCUAACUAUAUGGCAGGUAAAUAUGAAGAUAAUCUAACUUCUGCCUUGACCGCUAUAAGUUCCAAUAUUUAAAUGUACAUUUCAGAAAUAUUUGCCAACAUCAAAAAAAAAAUCCUGAUUUCAAUAGGUUUAGCUUGUCACUAUUAUUUUCUGCCACAGAGUCAUAAAAUGAGGAAUGGCUCUUUAUUUGCAUAUUAGAGAAAAACACUUGUUAUAGGUGGCUGUCGUGGAUGCCUGAAAAAGUAAUCCAGUAUAAAUGUCUUUAGGCAUACUUUGGGUAUAAUACAAUGAUUGCCAAAUCGGCCCUCACUGCAGUCAUUUUGCGCCUUGCAUUGCAGACCAAAUUCUUCCUCAAAAUAUCACAUUUUAAGGCAAUAGACACAUUAGGUAAUGUUCAUAAAUAUCAUGAGAGCUCCUUUCACUUCAUCCCAUGAGCCCUUUCAUUAGGUACAGAGUUUUAACAUUUGGUUAAAUUAUAAAAAGGAUUUAAAAUUAUUCAAAAGAUUAGAAGUUAUCUGAAUAAUAAUGCACUAAAAGAAGUUGUGAUCAAAUUAUUUUGUGAAUGCAUAAUUUUUUUCUAAUAUUUCUCUUCCCCACUGAACAUCUCUAUCACCUUCCCCACCAAAGUCCUCUAUCCAGCCACUAUUUAUUUUAGGCUCCACAGAAAAUUGUGGCCAUGAGAAUAGGCAGAAGUUUUGAUGCAACUAUCAUCUAAAUGCUGCAUGGAGCUAGUUAAUAAGAGACUGGAGAUAUGGCCCAACCAUUGCCCCAUGCAGCAGGCCAUUGUCAAAUGAUUCCCCUCAGGAAUAAGCCCAAGAUUGGGAACUCAUCAGUGUAAGGAUCAUGGGAGCAAACAUGCCUCUGACUUUAUGUAGCAAUAUAGUUCAAAUGCAUGGUCCUUUAUUAAAAUUACAUAUUACUUCAGGUACUUGUGGGCACAAAAAUCAGUUACGGAAGGUCAUAAUCCAUGAAUCAGAAACAAUGUUCUCCUGAUCAAACUUAAACCAGGUUAAUAUUUUAAUGCCUCCAUAGUUGAGCACUAUCUGCAAUGAUGUAAUUGCAAGGGGCUUCAUUGAUCACAAACAAGAUACAUUCAGUCUAAGCUAACGGGUGGUGGUCAGCACAAUCCGAAGUCCAAAAUAUUUUAAUCACUGUGAAGAUGCAGCUGAUUAAAUAUUGUAACUUUUUGUAACUUUGUGAUCCUUUCUUCCUUUACCUCAACAAAUAGCAGAACCAUCUGUGUUAAAGAUGAGCUUGGCCUUGGUUAAAUGAAUUACUGAUUCUUUUAAAGAUUGCAUUGCUUGGGUUGACGAUAUUAAAUUAAUUAUUUAUUGACAGCAGUAAAUUAACAGAACAGAAAUAAACAUGGUAAUAAACUGAAUACUUUGAAUCUCUUACACUAUCCCACAGCAAUUAUGGGCAAAGCAGUAAUUAUUAUAUAAGCUACUUGUUAAUGUUUCCAGAUAGAUUUCAACUUCUCCCUCUGAAUGUACUGCAUGAAAAUUAAAUGGUGACUUUUAACAAAACCAUUUCUACACAGAAUGACCUUUCUAGGUGAAGAAUAUGUGAUGCAAAUUUCAUCUAUCAAACCUUAAAUAUACAGUGUCUGGAUUUAUUGUAUACUCCUUAUCUUUGUGCCAGGGCACCAGUGGGUACAGUCUGAGUUGUUAAAGAUCAGUUCCAAAUUCAGUAGGUAGAAUAACCUCAGAUCUCAACAUCCUUCAAAAGCACUACAUUAGAAUUUGCAUCAUGCUUGGCUGCUAACUAUAUGGCAGGUAAGCAACGGGCCCUCAGAACAGUCACCAACAAUCUUAAAUCUGUUUUGAAAUAUAAUAAAUGGAUAGAGAUUUGAAAAUGCUGUGAUAUAAUGUCUGGUGGAAGACCUUACAAAUGUGUUUUAAAGCUAACUACUACUUAUAGAGGCAUAUAAAUAACCUUUAUUAAGCACUGCAGAGCACUUAUGUAAAAAGAUAAGUUGGGCUGAAAUGUGCAUGUCUUUUUAAUGAUGCAUACAUCAGUUUGGGGAAUUAACACAUUAUAAUGUUUCAUUAGGAAAACUCAUCAGUGCUGUGAAUCAGUGAAAAAUGUUUCAAACUUGCUUCUCCUAUAUCUGAAGCAAAGCAAUAUUUGACUGCAAUAUUUUAAUUGUAACUGUCUGUUCUCAAAUAGUCAAUACAUCAGUGAGUAUCUGCCAAUAUGCCUAGAGAUUAUUGCUAAUCUUUAGGUUCAGAUUUUAUUUUUCUGAUUAAUACUCUAGUCAUAUAGAAGGAAGAUUUCUCCUUCAAUAAUGAUAAAUAACAAUCUGCAAAUGCUGAAAAUUUGAAAUAAAUUUUGAAAUAUGCAGCAUCUCAAAAGACAGGUUUAUGUUACAAAUGGAUGAUUUCCAUCAACAUUAGUAAAGGGUCUCCAAUCCAAACAUUAAUUUGUCUUUUGCUCUAAUUGCUGAUUGACAUUGUGUUGUGUUAUUUGCUUUCUUUGUUGUCACAAAUGUAUAUUUACCUCAUUGGGAAGUUUUAUAAACAGGCCAGAGUUCCUAGCAAUGCCAAAAACAACAUAGUAUGACACCCCCUUUUAACACUUAUUAGCUACCUGAUUUUUUGUAACCAUAGGAAAGAUUAUAUCUGCUACAACACUAAGUUUAGCAUCCUCAUUUUUUUAAUGUACACAAAUACUUCAGCAACAUGUGCACUCCCUUCUGUUUGCUUGCCUGACUAAUUGUCUUGCAAUGCAACUUCUUAAACAACUUUUAUCCCUUUAGUUCUGUCUCAGCACACUGUAAUCUUCCCUAUUAUUAAUUAUGAAAGCUCUGCACGUUGACUUUGCAGUAACCGAUGCAACUUGAGUUAAUAUUCAAAUAUUGAUUACUAAAACUGGGAUGUGACAUGCAUAAUUUCAAAAUACUGACUAAAGCAUAGGCUAGAAAUCAAAUGUACUGUAACGUGUAUUGAUGUAGUCCUCAUUACCAAGCUCAUUAACAGUAGUGCACAACUGUAUAUAUAUUAAUGGCUUUCUGAUGAGAACUUUGUUCUUGCACUAUUGUUAUUGUUUUCGCUGUGUCUGUAAGGUUUCUCCACCUAAAGGCAAUCUAUUUCAAUUGUGUCUCUUUCUGUAAGAUAUAAUAAGUGUGGAAAUAAAAAUAACAAAUGAA